GCCGGUGAGCGGUGACCGCAAGGCGGCAAGAACACCAGGAGAAAAGAAAAGGAACCCAUGGAGGGCGAGGCGAGCAGGACGAAGACGGUGUGCGUGACCGGCGCCGGCGGCUUCGUCGGCUCGUGGCUCGUGAAGCGGCUCCUGUCCACGGGCGAGUACACGGUGCACGUCACCGUUCGCGACCUCGGUGACCGCAAGACCGGCCACCUGAGGGCGCUCGAGGGCGCCGGGGAGCGGCUGCGGCUGUUCAAGGCCGACGUGCUGGACUACGCGAGCGUGGCGUACGCCGUGUCCGGCUGCGGCGGCGUCUUCCACGUCGCCAGCUCCGUCCCCGCCGACAAACCCCAGAAUCCAGAGGUGGAGGUCCUGGCUCCGGCGGUGAGGGGCUCGCAGAACGUGCUCAAGGCCUGCCACCAAGCCAAGGUCGGCCGCGUCGUGGUGGUGUCGUCGGCCGCCGCGGUGGCCAUGAACCCCGGCUUCCCCAGGGACGCCGUCCUGGACGAGGACGCGUGGUCAGACGAGGACCACUGCAGAACCGCCGGGAUGUGGUACGCCCUCUCCAAGACACUGGCCGAACGCGAGGCUCUGGCUCACGCGGAGAAGACCGGCCUGGACGUGGUCACCGUGUGCCCGCCCUUGGUCCUCGGCCCGCUGCUGCAGCGCGUGGCCAACACCAGCAGCUUGGUCCUCAUCAACCUGCUGAAGGGCGACCGAGACACCGUGGAGGACAAGGCGAGGAACGCGGUGGACGUCCGGGACCUCGCCGACGCGUUCGUCCUGGCGUACGAGACCCCGGAGGCGUCCGGCCGGUACAUCUGCGGUGCAUAUCGAAAGAAGCUGUCUGAAAUGGCCGGCAUUGUCGAGAGCUUCUGUCCAGACCUUGCACGGCCCGUGAAGUUCGUUGAAGGGGAAGACGACAGGAUGAUGAGCUCCAAGAAGCUGCAGGCGCUGGGGUGGAAGUUCAGGGCGGUGGAGGAGUGCCUCAGGGACAGCGUCGAGUCCUACAAGGCCGCCGGGCUGCUGGAGUGAGCGACUGAGAUCUUCUUGGAGAAGAAGCGUGGCAGUGGUGAACUGAAGGGCGGUGUGUUAGGUUACAUUCUGUCAGUGAAACCGAAUGUGGUGCUCAAACUUCUUUUUUUCUUGAAAGGGAUGGUGCUCAAACUUUGAAACUCAGCAUAAAACGGGCUCAGAGGGCGACGUAGCAAAUUAAUUAAAAAAAUGAAAAAAGAUUGUUUGUCAA